AGGCGCCAUCGGCGGCGCGUCGGCGGGCGGCGCGCUCUCGUCCGGCGGCUCGUCCUUCCUGGGCUCCUCGGCCGCAGGCUCCGUCACCUCCGCGGCCCCUCCCGCGCGGCGCGGCGGCUCGUCGGCGCUCGGCUCCAUGACCAUGAUGUUCGAGAAGUUCAACGAGAAGGCCAUCAAGUCCGUGAUGAUGGCCUCCGACGAGUCGCGGCGGCUCGGGCACGACUUUGUCAGCACCGAGAUGCUCUUCGUCGGGAUCGUGGCCGAGAACACAGGCGUGUCCGCGAGGGCGAUGAAGAAGCUGGGCAUCUCCGUGAAGGACGCGCGGAAGGCCACCGAGGAGCUGCUCGGCCGCGGCAGCGGGAAGGUCUCGUCCGACAUUCCCUUCACGAAGGCAGCGAAACAGCGCCUGGCCAACAGCAUCCAGGAGGCCAAGAAGCUGGGUUCGACAACAGUGGACCCCGCGCACAUCUUGAUUGCGAUGUUCAAAGAGAAGGACGACGGUCUGACUAAGCUGACCGAGCAGCUGGGCGUGGACCCUGCGAAGGUCCUGGAGGAGGUCACCAAGGAGCUGCAGGAGCUCAUGGAGGCCGCCGAGGGCAGCGCCGGCGGCUCCGUCGCGGGCGCCCUGGCGGACAAGAAGAAGGCCGGCUCGGCCCUGGCGGAGUUCGGCCGCGACCUUACGGCCAUGGCCGCCGACGGCGAGAUGGACCCGCUGGUGGGCCGCGAGGAGGAGAUCGAGCGCGCGAUCCAGAUCCUGGCGAGGCGCCAGAAGAACAACCCGGUGCUGAUCGGCGAGCCCGGGGUGGGCAAGUCCGCCAUCGCGGAGGGCCUGGCCCUGAGGAUCGCCGAGGGCAACGUGCCCCAGAUGCUCGAGGACAAGCGGGUCAUCGAGCUGGACCUGGGCACCCUGCUGUCCGGCACCAAGUACCGCGGCGAGUUCGAGGAGCGCCUGAAGAACAUCAUCCAGGAGGUCAGGUCUUCAGGCAACGUCAUCCUGAUGAUCGACGAGAUCCACACGCUCGUGGGCGCCGGCGGCGACGGGGGAGGCGGCGCCAUGGACGCCGCCAACAUCCUCAAGCCGGCGAUGGCCCGCGGGGACGUGCAGAUCAUGGGCGCGACCACCGUCGAGGAGUACAGGAAGUACGUGGAGAAGGACAAAGCCCUCGAGAGGCGCUUCCAGCCGAUCUCUGUGCCAGAGCCCACCGUGGAGCAGACGAUCCAGAUCCUGCGCGGCCUGGCGCGCAAGUACGAGGCGCACCACAAGCUGCGGUUCGCCGACGAGGCGCUGGAGGCGUGCGUGAAGCUGUCCUCGCAGUACGUCCAGAACCGCUUCCUGCCAGACAAGGCCAUCGACGUCCUGGACGAGACGGGGGCGCGGGUGCAGCUCCGGCAGCUCGCCAAGAUGCCGGAGGCCGCCUUGGAGGCGCGCGGCAAGAUCCGGGAGGUGCAGGACUGGGAGAAGGAGAAGGCCGUGAGGUUGCAGGACUACGCCGCGGCUGCGAAGCUGAGGGACUCCGAGGAGCAGAUGCAGAAGGAGCUGCUGGCCCUGCUGAAGGCCGGGGGCGCCGGCGCCGCGGCGGGCGCGGAGGCGGCAGAGGGCGCCGAGCCGGCGGCGGAGGGCGAGCAGGCUGACGCCGCCGCGGAGCCGGCCGAGGAGGUGGACUGGGACCAGGUCCUGGCGGUGCCGGUCGUCACCGAGGACGACGUGGCCAAGGUGGUGUCCGUGUGGACCGGCGUGCCCGUCGAGAAGGUCUCGUCCGACGAGUCGCAGCGCCUGGUUGCUCUGGAGGAGACCCUGCACAACCGCGUCAUCGGCCAGGAGGAGGCGGUGGUCGCCAUCUCCAAGGCGGUGCGCCGGCCACGCGCUGGGUGCAGAACCCGAACGGCC